AUGGCCGAUACCUUCAACAUAUCGCCAGAUGACUUCCAGGAGAUACUUGACUAUUGCGAUGGCCGCCUCGAGUUUUCCAGCAAAUUCAUCUAUUUGAGAAGGGACCAGAUCACCGAGCACGAGUGGAACAGGUUGCCUGUCCAAGUGCAAGUUGCUGAUUCACCUAUCGUUAGGCUUGCUGCGUAUCACUGGCCUUGA